CUUGAGCUGAUGUGAGGUUAAAAUAAUGUGGCUGCCUGCUCAACUGUGGAUAAUCCACGCACUCACCUCCAUCAUCACCUCUAUCUGAGGUCUCUAAAAGCUCAACCCUACCAGUUUUGUUCUCAGGAAGGGAAUCGACCGCGGACGGGGAGUCCCCGCGCUGGAUGCUUCGGACGCUGUGAUGUUUUGAUUUGGUCUGCGGAACUGAUUUUUGAGACCUUCGUUCUGAUUUGCCCCACGCUCCAGGAUCAAUCUUCACAAAAACUGAUGUACGACAUGAUUUGCGGGACCUAAGUGGUCUGAAGUUUGGGAAUCCCCAAACUUGAUUCUUGUUUUUAUUUAUUCUCUCUCUCCUUGAGCUGCUUGCGCUGUGGUUUUGUGUGCCAAUGGCACUGUACGAGGCCCGCUGAACAACUGUAGCAGCACUGGCGUAGCAUUGUCCUUCCCGGGUUCUUCUUUUCUUUUCUUUUUAAAGAAGGAAAAAGCGCCCCUACCCUUGAUUGACUGAAUUAUUUGCCUCGUCUGACGGGUUGGUUGCAGACUUGGCUCGGCUAGGUGUUCCAAGCAAGGCCCUUUAUAUACGGCGUUCCCUCACCCUGUCUUGUAUUCGAAGCUUGUCUCUUGCCCCUCUCACCCGACCUGCUGAUAGAAACAAGAAGUGUUUUCUAUCGAUCUAUUCAACGCCGCAACGCUUAUUCUCCAGCCCAAUAAGGAUCGGAUUGGGAAAUUUUGAAUAUUAUGUCCUCAUACUCCGACCAGCCAAGGUAUCGGGAUGAUCCUUCCGCGAACGAGAAGGAUAUCCUAGCUGCUGAAUAUAAUACUGCAGCCUUGGAAGAUGCAGAAGCAUGCCCCGUCAACAAAAACCGUUUCUGCUUUAUGAAGAGAUUGCGAGCCUGCUCAGGAGACAACUCUCGGCCUAUCUGGGCUAGAGUCUCACUCGCACUGUUCAAGGUUGUCCUCUUUGUUGGACUCAUUGGCUUCCUUUUCAAGGGCACUUUCCACGGACUUAAGAAGCAAUAUGCGCCCUCUAAGCAGAACAACCAAGUCUCUGUAAAUGACUGGCACGACCAUGGGCCUUCUGAAAAACGGGACAUUUCUGUCAAUACAACUACCAACUCCAUUGUUGGCAAAUUUCCGCUCUAUGACAGCCUGAAUCUGACUACCGUCACCGGCAGUAUUGCUGUAGUCAUCGACCCUCAGCCUGCACAUCCGGAGCAACCAGACAAGCCAGCACGUGUGUCCAUCAAGACCGAGUCGGGAAGUAUUUCUAUUGCGUUCAGACUGCCCGGUGUGCAACCCGCCCUGAACGAUGCGUCCAGCUUCACUCAACUGCAAACCCUCUACCACUCGGAGCAACCCAGCGCACGGAGCAGCAACGACAAGAACAAAAACAACCUGCACGCCUUCAUCACCCCACGAGCCUACGAAGUAGAAAUCCACACUUCCUCCGGUAGCAUCUCGGGCCAAGUCGCUUUCUCAAAUCUGCUCAAGAUCUCCACCGUCUCCGGCUCUAUCAGCGCCAACCUCAUCCCCCUCGUCUUCCUACCCUACGAGGGCGAAGAGCCCCCCUACGACCCCCAUGAUCCCUACCACCCUCCGGGCGAUGGCCGUGGUGGCUUUGUUCCGGCACAUCGCGCCAACGUCUCCAUCAUCACCUCCACUGAGACAGGAAGCACGCAUCUCUCGAUCUCGGAGCCCUUCUUCCCACCUCCACCAGAACCUGCCAAGAAAUCCCCCAACAAGCCCGAGCUGCCCCAGAAAGGCAAGCAGGUCCCUCGAUCUAUCACCGCACACCAUAUCGCGCGCGGCUCCGGCUCUUUGGCCGUUGUUUACCCGCCAUCCUGGGCUGGGCGAGUCCAUGCGAGCAGCUCUGGCAAGGGUCAUGUUCGCCUUGGCGGUGAGGGCUUACUGGUUCGCCAUGGCAAUCAAACAGUUGCUGACGGUGUGAGAUAUCCGGACCCCGAGGACGAGUGGGAUGCUCCGUGGUGGGGCGCGUCUGGCAUGAUGAACGUUACUGUUGCGAGUAAUGGGGGUAUGGUCGACUUUUUCGCUAGGGGGGAUAGGCUGGAUGUAUGAGUGAGCUAGGGAGCAGUAUUGAGUAUUGGGUUGGAUUGGCGGGGAGAUUAGAAAUAGUCUGAGAAAGAAAAAGGUGUGGAGAGUUCAUGGUGGGAUGGGAAUGGGAUGAAGGAAUAAAUACAAUAGGUAAAGUAAUCUAGUAAGAAAGGACAUGCGCGCUGAUGGUAUCUUUCUCCCUUCUACUUGGGACUUUAUUUUAUAUUUGUUCGUAUAUUCAUUCAAUAUUUUCGAUUUUGGGCAUCCAGAAAAUUUCCUUUUCUCUCAUUUCCCCCGUUUUCUUCCUUCAGUUCGCCGUGGAAUAAUUGGGUUUCUGGUGAUAAAAAAUUUAUACCCCGCUUUGAAUAAUAAUAUACAUACAUAGAAAUUAGAACUCUCUCCGGGAUGAAAAAUAAUAUUUGGCCCCCCGGGCUAGUAAACAAGAGUCGAAAAAGAAAAGAGACAAAGCUCAUUUAAUCGAAUUGGCCCUUCACCUAGUUUUUAC